CUCAGCGAUGUCUUCCUUCCAGCCGGCUUUCCUGCUACAGUAUCUCCAGGUAGAUAUCAGAUAUACAACGCCUUGCAAGCCUUCUGCAGCUCUUUGGCAGGACUCAUUGCGUCACGAGCAGUGCUUCAAGGUUUUCGUCAUGGCGUUGGAAAAGCAGGCGCAUCUGCUACGCAUGCAAUCUUCCUGACCGUGCUUCAGGACAUUUUCAGCAGACUGACGACAAUCGUUGCCGGGUACUACCUCGGGACAUCGCUUUUUCCAGAGGCGAAAGCGUACCGGCUAACGGCAGACAUCUUCAACGACGCCGCCAUCAUACUCGACACGCUGUCACCUCACCUUGGCUCGUUCCGAGUCGCGUCGCUUUGUCUAAGUGGGGCAUUCCGUGCGCUGUGCGGAGUCGUCGCAGGCGGUUCCAAGGCUGCGCUGACGGUGCACUUCGCCACGACUGCGAAGGGCGCCGGAGAUGUGGGCGACUUGAGCGCAAAAGACGGCAGCAAGGAGACGGUGCUCGCGUUGCUCGGCAUGCUCAGCGGCACCGCAGUGAUGCACUACGUACACAGCACACGAGCAACUUACGUCGUGCUUUUCGCGCUCAUCGCCUUGCACCUCUUCUGCAACUACCUUGCCGUCCGCGUAGUGGUUUUCCGCUCGCUCAACCGACAGCGGGCGUCUAUAGUC